UAUACAAAUUGUUUACAAAUUUCGUCUGAAUCAGGGAGACCCUGUUGAGGAUUAGAGCCUCAUUUUCAUUUGGUAAAAAGCUUGUAAACACCUUUUUGCUCUUGAAUGCAGCUCAGCCUGCAGGCAAGACCGCGGAUCCUACAAGAAGCCCUUAAACUAAGGUAAUGAGUUUGUGGACUAGCUGCUUUCAGGGCCAACAAAAGGAUGCGCUUCCAUUGUCCUGAAAAAAAAAAUGUUGAGUAAAAUCUACCACGGAAUGUCAGGAUUAAAGAUGUGGCUUUUGAAAAAAAUGAUGUCAGCCAAUACAGACCUGUAGGCGGGUCCCAGCGACAACCACAAUUAAUUAAAGAUGAACUUUCGGUGAACUAAUUCAUGUCAGGGAGGAGAAGGUGAGACACAUCCUAUAAAAGGGCUCCAGGAGGUGUGCCCAGCUUUACUAGUUUAAGCAGCUUCACCUGAACGGAGAGACUGGAACCAAAUCCGACAUGGCUCUGAGCACUCUGCUGGCUUCUGUCCUCUGCACCAUCGUGCUGCCCAUCCUGCUUUUCCUGGUGGCUGUGAAGUUGUGGGAGGUCUACAUGAUCCGCGGCGAAGACCCAAGCUGUCCGAGCCCGCUGCCACCCGGAUCCAUGGGCUUACCGUUCAUCGGAGAGACGCUGCAGCUCAUUUUGCAGAGGAGAAGGUUUCUGCAGAUGAAGCGGGAGAAGUACGGCUACAUCUACCGCACACACCUCUUCGGGAACCCCACGGUGCGUGUCACCGGUGCGGAGAACAUCAGGCACAUCCUGCUGGGAGAGUACAGGCUUGUGUCAGCGCAGUGGCCCUCUUCUGUGCGCACCAUACUCGGCUCGGACACGCUUUCCAACAUGCAUGGCUCCCAGCACAAAACCAAGAAGAAAGCCAUCAUGAGAGCCUUCUCCAAGGAGGCACUAGAGCUCUACAUCCCUGUGAUCCAGGAGGAAGUGCAGACUGCAGUCAAAAGGUGGUUGGUGCAGGAUCCUUGUGUGCUGGUAUAUCCUGAAAUGAAGCGACUGAUGUUCCGCAUAGCCAUGAGGAUUCUGCUGGGUUUUCAGCCGGAGCAGAUCAGGACCGAUGAGCAGCAGCUGGUGGAGGCAUUUGAGGAAAUGAUCAAAAAUCUUUUCUCCCUGCCCAUUGAUGUUCCUUUCAGUGGGUUGUACAGGGGUCUACGGGCCAGAAACUUCAUCCACACAAAGAUUGAAGAGAAUAUUAGAAAGAAGGUGGAGGAGUCAGACAAUGGGUCAAAACACAGAGAUGCCCUGCAGCAGCUCAUAGACAGCAGCAGAAAAAAUGGAGAACCUUUCAGGAUGCAGGCCAUCAAGGAAUCUGCUACGGAGCUUUUGUUUGGAGGCCAUGAAACCACAGCCAGCACAGCCACAUCCCUAAUCAUGUUUCUAGGCCUAUACCCAAAAGUUGUGAAGAAACUCAGGCAGGAAUUGUGGGACAAGGGGGAGAAUGGAAUGGACCUCGAGAACCUGAACAUUGAGUCUUUGGAGCAGCUCAAAUACACAGGUUGUGUCCUCAAGGAAACACUAAGGAUCAACCCCCCAGUCCCUGGAGGCUUCAGAGUAGCCCUCAAAACAUUUGAACUCAAUGGUUACCAGAUUCCUAAAGGCUGGAAUGUUAUCUACAGCAUCUGUGACACACAUGAUGUUGCUGAGGUGUUUCCAAACAAAGAAGCAUUUCAGCCAGAGCGCUUCAUGAAAAAACCCUUGGCCGACUCCCCCAGGUUUCAGUACAUACCUUUUGGUGGUGGUUCUCGAAUGUGUGUGGGGAAGGAAUUUGCUAAAGUUCUGCUGAAGAUCUUCUUGGUGGAAGUCGUGACAAAGUGUCAUUGGACUCUCUUGAAUGGACCACCAACCAUAAAAACUGGACCCACAGUCUAUCCUGUGGACAACUUGCCAACCAAAUUCACCAGCUACGUGAAAACUUAAGUUGCAUUAGGAGCACGUUUUGAAGUUUUUAAUUAUUUUUCUAAAAGAGGAGGUUCUGGGUAUUAGUACUGUUAACUCAAUCAUAGGAGAUGGUCCUGAUGGGCAGUCCCUAUAGGGUUACAUGAAAACUUUAACCAUCUAAGUGUAUUCUCUGUAGGAUUUUUGUACAUAUGUAAUGUAGUAAAUUCAUAUAAAUGUUGUAUCUUUGCCCAAGGUA